ACCAAGCAACUAACUCAAAUCAAAUAGCUAACCCACCUCGUGUGAUAUAGGAAAUAUAGGAUCUGCAAGCCAUAAUCAUCAUUAAUUGACAAUAACGACCUCCUCCUUCCGACGAGGUUCCUUUGUCUUCCUCACAUCUCAUCCACAGUAAAGCAUCCAAGAAUGGCUUGUCCCAGAUGAAAGAGUCUGUUGCCGAGCUUCAAUCUGCAAUUAGCAGAAGGCAAGGAGGAUUGGAAGGUGAAACCAGAAGUUACCUCAAGUCUAUGAGCAUUGCGAGGAAAGAAAUCCAAAAGGUCUUGAUGGGUAUGAACAACAAGAAGUCCACACCAUCAGAAAACAAUGAGACAAUUUCCAGGUUGAAGGAAGCUCAAUCUGUUGCUGUUGAGGUUCUAGAGUGUUUGUUCUAGAGUUAAUAAACAGUUGUAUGUUUGCUGCAGAAAGUAUCAUGUUUUCUGCUUGGCGUUGGCUACUACAGGGUUUAGUGAUUUUUAUACCACAUCGGUUGUAAACCAAAAAUCCCUUCCCAAGAUAGCUAUAAAUUGAGUGAACUUCUUCAGGCUAAGAUUGAGGAGUCCAUUAAGAAGCUCAUUUUGAUUUGGGCCUCUACUUAUGGAAUUCUGCCCAAGUGUAGCUUAGGUUGCAUGCCUUUUGGGUUGCUGCCAUAGCUAUUGAUUUUAGUUUGGGUUGGUAAAACUCUACUUGAAGUUGUUUUUCAGUUUAGUUGGGCUCGAUGAAUGUGGCUUGUUGAGCUUGCUCAAGAGCUCUUACUGAGCCGAGAUUUGAAGCUUGCAGUGAGCUCGAGCUGAAUUCUAGCUAAGUAAUUUUUGUCGAGCCUUAAUUGUAUAGUAUAUAGUAGAGCUCGAGCCUUGAGCCUUUAUCAAUUAUGAUUAAUUACAUGACAAGUUUGCAAGUCAUACAAAUUAAUUCAACAUUUUGACUAUUUUUUUAAUUAAAUAUAUAAACGAGGUAGAAAGAAAUUGGUUAAAAAUGGUGAAAAACACUUUAAAUUAGUGUAAUAAAAUGUGUAAGUUGGU